AUGAGCUUUCUGUACCCCUUUGCGCCAUCAGAUAGCCAUCGACGCAGCAGCAGCCGCAGCCGCCACGGUCACAGCUCCAGCCAUCGGUCUCACUCCAAAGAACGCCGUCACCACCAUUCAUCUUCGUCCGUCGUCGGCUCAAGCUACGGUAACGGCCACAGCUAUAGCCACAGCCACCAUAACGGAAGCACCCGUCCCUCGGAGGGCUCCAUCUUUGGACUUGGAUCACACGCAAACCGCUCAAUGGCUUCGUCAAUCUUUUCAGCUGGCUCGUCGUCCCGCCGCGCGAAGCCUCGGGCUGGUUAUGUUCAUCGUAUGAUGCGCAAGAUCAAGAAGUUGUUCAGGGACAUCAUGCAUUAUAUGAAGAGACAUCCGAUGAAGGUGUUUUUCCUGGUUAUAUUGCCCUUGAUAACGGGCGGGGUGUUGCAGAAGUUGCUGGCCUCAGUCGGAAUCAGGAUACCCGGCUUAGCAGCUCUAUCCAAAGGUGGUGGUGGCGGCGGUAGUCAUGACCCUCUCAGCGGAGAAGGAAUAGCUGGUGGUAUCAGCGGGUUGAUGUCACUAGCAAAGGCCUUUGCCUAG